AGCUCUCAGGCCCAACCUAGCGCCCGCCUGAGAACCUCCCGGUUCCCGCGGCGCGGCACCGGGAGCGGGGCGUCGCAGCGGUCCGAGGGGGAGCGAACGAGGCCAAGGGGUGGUUUGGGUUAGUGGUGGCGCCGCGAAGAUGGUCGCCAAACAGCGGAUCCGUAUGGCUAACGAGAAGCACAGCAAGAAUAUCACCCAGCGCGGCAACGUAGCCAAGACCUCGAGAAAUGCUCCCGAAGAGAAGGCGUCUGUAGGACCUUGGUUAUUGGCUCUCUUCAUUUUUGUUGUUUGUGGUUCUGCAAUUUUCCAGAUUAUUCAAAGUAUCAGGAUGGGCAUGUGAAGAGCCUGACCUUAAGAUGUUUCCAUUCUCCUGUGAAUUUUAACUUGAACUCAUUCCCGAUGUUUGAUACCCUGGGUAAAAACAAUUCAGUAAAUCAUCCUGCCUCAGAAUGACUUUUCAUAUCAUCAUUCAUGUGUCAUUCCAAGGUUUUUUCACAAGUCAUUCCAAAUUUUCUAGUUCAUACCACAGUGCCUUGCAAAAGCACCACAUGAAUAAAGCAAUAAAAUUUGAUUGUUAAGCUAC